AUGCACGGGUGGAUUUUCGGCCCUGUCGCCAAAUUCACCCAUCAGCUGGGCGAUCCUGUCUGGCGGACCAAGCUAGAGCAUGGCCGGGCGGUUGCGUGCAUCGAGGAGUUAAACAAGCAUGAGAUACAGCUCACCGAAUAUGACCGACAAAAAGGUCAGCGAUCUAAUGUGGAGCCUAAGUCGGACAAUGGCAAUGGCAAGCAUGCCCAAUAUGCGGUGGGGCAACCCGCUGCAUGCACAGAUACAGGAGGGGAGGAUACGGACGAGGCUGGCGUCGGAAAGUAG